UUCUACGUUUUUUUUGAGAUUUCUUCAAAUUGCAAGCCUAUACCAAGGAGUUGUGGGUUCCAUUCCCCCAGACGAGUCGUGCAAGCCUGGCCAGAAGUGGGACAGCGGUUACGUGGGUGGUUGUUCCGUCCUGAGGUCACGAUGGCAGGGGAAUGAAGUGGAUGAGGGGCGACAUCUGUUCCUUAUCAAACCGCGCACUGAUUAG